AUGUAGUACAAAUGCAAACUCCUUUUUCAUUCUGCAUUUGAUCAAAGUCAAUUAAGGUUUGUCAGAUGAAAACAGGACUAAAAGCACUGUACACCCUGGUACGGUACUCUAAGCACCAUGGGAACUGGAGUCCUUUCAUUGGGAGCAUAAAACCAAUCUACUGCAAUCUGCCGUCUACGUUGUAUCUUUAAUUGAUAUGUUCUGAGUUGACGUGGGACGGUGGGAUGGAGUCCGAGUGGACACGCAAACCUUUCAAGAGGUCUCCCAGACAACCGCCUGAAGGCGACUUCCUGUCCCGUCCCGGUCACAUGGUGCGCGUGGCACCGAUUGGUCCAAAGUGUGUGUGCGUGCGACCAUAAAGAGCGCUGAGGUGUGUGACGUGUGUGACGUGUGUGCUGAGUGUGCGCUUCAGCGACUAUAAACGCGCUUUCAUCAGCCCCGCCCCCCACACCUCCUCCAUCAUCCUCCUCUUCUUCAGGAGACGCUUCCACGACGCUCCGGACCACGCUUUCACAGGUGAGACGUUCGUUUCUUCAGCUGCUACAGGUAUGAACUUUCACCCCCCCUCAGGUGACCUUGUGAAGUCUUUUUACUUCCUGUUUUCAUCUUGCGUGUUGGACCAGUCAGAAGGUCUUUAUCUCUUUACGCUAAUGAGCAUCAACGUUGACGCUUUCCUUGAUUCUCUUGUCUUUUGAAUAAGAACUUACGUGUGUGCGUGUGUGCGUGUGUGCGUGUGUGCGUGCGUGUAUGUGUGUGCUUGUGAACAAGUGACCUUCUCCCCGCGCCAAAAGUUUUAUAGUUCCCAAUUCUCCAGAUUGCGAUCAGGUUGCACAGCAUCUGUCGCCGCCCCCUCGCCAGAAAGGCCGGGUGUUAACGGCUUGGCCUGCGCCGCAUUUGCCCCUCGCUGCCACGGCGACGGCCUCGCGGCACAAAAUUAGACACUUUUGGGGGGCAGGUGCCGGUGCUCGUAAAGCAGGCGGGGCUUCCUGUCGGAAGACGGCUUGUUGACGCCGUUCUUUCUUGUCUUUGAGCAGACGCCGAACGACGACAGCGGCCGACAUGUCUGAGGGAAAGAAGCUGACGUCAAGCCGCCGGCAUCAUCUGAAGAGUUUGAUGCUUCAGAUCGCCGCCAACUGGAUCGAGCAGGAAGCGAAGGACAUCGAGGUGGCCAAGCAGGCCCACAUGGCCGAGAACUGCCCGCCCCCCGACCUCAGCGGCGACAUGGCCAGCAUGGUGGAAAUCUGCAAGAAGCUCCAGUCGGCCAUCGACAAGAUCGAUGACGCGAGAUACGACAUUGAGGUCAAAGUGCAGAAAUCUGACAUUGAGAUCCAGGAUCUGAAGCUGAAGGUGGUGGAGCUGGCGGGCGUCAAGAAGCCCGCCCUGAAGAAGGUGCGCAUGUCGGCCGACGCCAUGCUGCAGGCGCUGCUGGGGGGCAAGCACAAGACCACCAUCGACCUCAGGUCCAACCUCAAGCAGGUCAAGAAGGAAGUGAAAGAGGAGCCGACAGAGGCGGUGGGCGACUGGCGUAAGAACAUCGAGGACAAGGCGGACAGGAAGAAGAUGUUUGAGACGUCCUGAAAGACGAAGGAGGGAGACGCUCGUGCGCGUGAGCUCACGCGCUCAAUCCGUAUUUCACGAGGUCGCUUUCCAUCCGCAUCGCUUGAGGAAAUAAACGCAUGUCCUGCUUUUAUUCUCGCUUUCUUUCAUUCAUUUGAAAAGGAUUGUGAUCACGAUGCUGAGCUUCAAUUGCAUGCAAGUGGUCGCUGUUCGUGCUCCAGGGCUCCCCCUGCUGGAAGACGAACGCUAGCACGCCUCCAUUCGGCGGGUAAUUAAAGAGGUCGCCAUGGUAACAGCAUCCGUAAUUCGUCACAUACUGUUGC